GGUCAUUUGCUCGCUCAUUUUAGUCCAACACGACGCAUUUGGUAAAUUCUAAGAAAAUUUUGAUACCCCUUUACAAGGUCUUAAACCCUACCGAUUUUCCUAAAAAAUACACCAUCUGAAAAUUUCAAUUUUUACGAAUUUUUUGCUAUAAAAUUCAUAAAAAUCGGUUAACAUUAAGGGGUAGUAAAACGCCUUUGAAAAUUCGUAUUUUUUCGGUGUGUGUGGUGUAGAAAAGUAGAAAAAAGUUGUAAACGCUGGAAUUGAAAAUUCCUUUUCUCGCCAUUUUGCUUAUAGAAAAAAAGUGAAUUUUUACUUUUGAAUGAAGAAUCUUUAAAAAAAAUGUUAAGUGAAAAUUGUCUAGCUGAAGGGAAACAUAAUUAAAUAUGUUAUAAUGUGUUUAGAAAAUGAAAAUCCUGAAAUAAAAAGCCUUUAAAAUAAAUGAUGAGCAAAAAAUUUUAUUUUCAACAUUAACACACAAAAAAAUCCACUUUUUAUCAACCGGGUUUUAAAAGAAGUUUUUUGUUGUACAAAUUAAUUUUCUUAAUAUCAAAAACAAAACUUGCAAAAAAAUGGCGCAUUCAUCGACUGCUAAUGCAGCUUCUUCGGCCACUACGACAGGUGAAAUAAAUUAUUUCUUUCAGGAUGAAAAUGGAAAAAUACACAAAGUUCUUAAACAAGUUGAAAUAAAACAAGAACCACUUGGUGGUCCAUCUACAGUUUAUGCACCUACAGUUGGCGGCAAUAUGGGCACAUUUACACAAAUGAACACAAAUCAACCUCAAUUCGUACGAAUACAAAAUAGUUAUAAUAUCCAAUCAACAGAAAGUCCCACAUAUACUGUUAUUACACCACAAAGUAGUAGUGGCAGCAGCAAUAGCAAUAUGCAACAAAGGCAACAACAACAGCAGCAACAACAUAACAACAACACAAAUAUCACCACAAUAAAAUAUGAACCAGUUGAAGAAUUUACAACACACACGACUGUUGUAAAGGAAGAGGAACGUUACAAAUACAAACCACAAAUUCUAACGAACACAGCGAAAACCACAGCUUCAAAAUCAAAAAUACAACACAAUACCAGCCAUCAAAAUGUCUCCGCCUCAGCCGCCUCCGCAGCAGCAGUACAAAGAAAACGUAAACCGGAGAAGGCGGGUAAAGGUUUACGUCAUUUUUCAUUGAAAGUGUGUGAAAAGGUUAAAGUCAAAGGCACCACCACCUACAAUGAAGUGGCCGAUGAAUUGGUGGCCGAAGAAAUACAAAAUAAUUCCUUUGACAAGAACUGUGAUCAAAAGAAUAUACGAAGACGUGUUUACGAUGCUUUAAAUGUUUUAAUGGCCUUGCAAAUAAUAUCCAAAGAUAAAAAAGAAAUACGCUGGAUUGGUUUACCCUCAAAUGCAGUGGAGGAAUUUUCACAACUGGAAAAGGAUAACCAAGAGCGUCGACUGCGCAUCAAACAAAAAAAUCAACAAUUAAGAGAAUUGCUGCUGCAGCAGGUCUCCUUUAAAAGUCUUAUAGAACGUAAUAAGGAGGCCGAAAGACAGGGCAUUAUACCCACACCAAAUUCAUCCAUACAAUUACCUUUUAUAAUUGUUAAUACACACAAGUCAACAAAAAUUAAUUGUAGUGUUACCAAUGAUAAGUCCGAGUAUAUUUUUAAAUUUGACGAUAAAUUUGAAAUGCAUGAUGAUGCCGAAGUGCUUAAACGUAUGGGUUUAUUAUUUGGUUUGGACAAGGGUCAGUGUUCGUAUGAGGAUGUUGAACGUGCCAAAUCGUUGGUGCCACCAAAUUUCGAAAAGUAUAUAGAAGCAUACGGCAGUGGAAAAUCGAAUGAUAUCAGCUAUGACUCAGAUGAUGAAAUGAACUCCUAUGACUAUAUCGAAUUAACUCAAGAUAAUUCGCAACAUGGUUUUACAACAACAGCGACAACACACAAUGCUCUAGUGAGCAGUGGUGGUGGAGGCGGUAUUGGUGGUGGUGGUGGCGGCGCUAGUAGUGUUAUCAUUAAAACAGCUGAUCUCGAUGAUGAAGAGGAUUUCGUAGAACACAGUGAUAUUGAUUGAGGUGUAGGUAGAGUUACAUUAAGUAACAAUACAAAUACAAAUGGAAAAAACAAACAAAACUAUAAAAUUAAAAGAUCUUUAAAAACAAAUAAUAAAAACCAACAGUUAAAAACAACAACAUCAUCAUCAUCAUUGGCAAUUAUGCAAAAAACAACAACAACUGCUAACACAACAUUGUUGUCCUCAUCAGCAUCAUCGGCAACAAUUCCACCAUCACCACCACCAUCCACAGCUACAAAUGAAAUUCUAGAAGAAACUAAAUUAUCAGGGGAAAGAAAGAAACUUUUUAUGUCUGCCCAGGAUGGUAAUUUAUCAGAUACUGAUACUUUUAGUUUCUCUUUUAUUUCAGCCUUAUUAGGUCUGCAUAAAAAAUAAGUAAUUUUCUUUUUUUUAGUUGUUUAUAUAAUAGAUUAUUAAUUAAUUAAUAU